UUACUAUUGAAGUUGAUGAUGAUUCUAAAGAUGUUGAUUUUGCAAUUUUAGUUAAUAAUAUUGUUGAAAUAAAUGAUUGUGAUCCACCUGAUAUUGAUACUAAUUCUAAAUUUGCUAAAGGUGCUAUAAAAGAU